AUGCCGAUACCUACACGGCGGCUGUCUCGCCCAGGCUUCUACAUCGAGCUCGUCCUCCCACCCGCCCUCCUCGCCUACUUUGCUUGGGCGUGGCGCGUCUGCACCGGUCCAUUCCUCGCCACAUACAUUUCGGACGGACUGGGAUACCCCAGGAUAGCGGUCGUUUACCGCAUCGUCGCCGCUGUACUAAUCGCGACGAUCAGCACCAUCUUCCUCCGGCUCUACUUCCUCCCCUCGCGCUUCGCGACCCCACCACCCUCCCCUCCGCCGGAGAUCUCUAACCUUACCACCAUCUUCGAAGUGCCGCCGCCCGCGAGUGCAUACCUCGUUCCGCACGAUGACGAGCGCCUCAUCAACCACUGCCAUUCCGGCAGCUGCAACGGACGCUGGAAGCCGCCCCGUGCGCGGCACUGCUCCGAGUGCGGCCGCUGCCGCCUCGGGUUCGACCAUCACUGCCUCUUCGUGCGUCCGCUCUCACCAGUGCUGACUCAGGUCGCGAACUGCAUCUCGGCGCCCGCCCUCCCAGCCUUCACCGCGCUUCUGCUCAUCACGCCGCCUGCCGUGCUCUUCCUCGCGGGGCCCCUCCUCCGCCCCGUGAUCUACGGCGCCCGCCUCGCGUGGCGCGCAACGGCCACCAACCCCCGCGUCCAGGCAUAUUGGGGGUGGGGAUGGAGCUGGGUCGUCCCCGCCGGCCCUGUGGCGCGGUACGCCGUCGGCUUGCUGCUCGCGUGGGCCGACCUCCCUCCGCCUUCGGACCGCAGCGACGCAAUGUGGCGCGUCGACAUCGGCAUCCUUUGGGCCGUGGGCAACCUUCUCGCCCUCAUCACUGCCGCACUGGCGAUUUGGCAAGUCAAGCAGAUGUUCACAGGCACGCUAGGCAACGACAUGAUGCGCGCGCGCGCGUAUGCCAAAGCCGCGGACGACGUGCGCGCCGCCCGCGCCAGGGGAGCGGAGGAUGGCGACGCCUUAGCUGCCAUGAGGAGAUUCGCGCCUGACAAGUGGUUCUUCGUCCCCCUUCAGCAUGAGACGUACGCUGGCGCCGUCAUCCCCGCCCUGGGGGAGCCGUACGACCUCGGAUCGCGCGCCAACUUCGACCUUCUCGUCGGCCGGGGGCGGGGUUGGCGUUGGAUCCUGCCGUGGAACUGCUUGCGGUCAGGGAUGAGUACCACCGAGGCGUCAGUAUGGCCCAUCAGCGACAGCGUCAAAGCUCGCCUGAAAAGCGAUGCGACGGAGCUGUUGGAACAGUCUGAGACACUAUAG